AUGGCUGCUGAUCGCCAACGGUCCGACAAUGGGCAAGGCGAGUUCGGCGAGGAGUGGGCUCGCGACCUGCGUGUUCAAUUCGAAGGCCUGUUGCGGACCAAGAGAACAACAGAGUUUACCGCGUCACGCAGCGGGCGCUCAACUCACCUCAGCGCUUCAGAGCCGAGAGAACGUUCAUCAUCAUCCCAUCUGCGAGCACCGACAACGCCUUCCGGCGAGCGUCCGACAUCCUCGCACAGCCACACCUAUGAGCAGGCAUCUGCCCAAACUACAACGCCGCCGUCCUAUUCUUCAUUGAGACAUAUUCCAUUAAUUCCAACGCCGCCAGCGGCCCACGACAGAGAGUCGCAGAAAUUCCGCAACAUGCUCAUCUCUUUAUCGGCCACACCAACGAAGUACGAGAACCCAGGGCUUCUCGACGAAGCGCUCCAGACCAUCGAGUUUGACCGCAUAUACGGCGAGGCCGAGGAGGAAUGCCAGCUUUUGCAAGCACAAGCCGAAAGCAUGGGUGAUGGCAGGAAACCCGAAUGGGGCUAUCAGGAUUGUGUGAUUCGUGCGCUUCUUCGAUGGUUCAAGCGUACCUUUUUCACAUGGGUCAACAACCCUAACUGCCCAAUCUGCAUUUCUCCCACCGUAGCCAAGGGAAUCACACAACCAACGGCGGAGGAGGCCGCACGCGGUGCCCUCCGCGUUGAGCUCUAUCAAUGCUCCAACAUGGCUUGCCAAGCCUACGAAAGAUUCCCUCGGUACAGCGACGUCUGGCAACUCCUCCAAACGAGGAGGGGGCGCGCUGGCGAGUGGUCAAACUGCUUCAGCAUGCUCUGUCGCGCUGUUGGCGGACGUGUACGUUGGGUCUGGAGUGCGGAAGAUCACCUUUGGACCGAGGUUUACUCUGAGCACAAGCAACGAUGGAUUCAUGUCGACGCCUGCGAGGAGGCAUGGGACAACCCGCGUCUCUAUACUGAAGGCUGGGGGAAACAAAUGUCGUACUGCAUUGCAUUCGGCGCCGACGGCGCAACAGACGUAACCCGCCGCUAUGUCAGAAAGACAGAACACUCCCUCGAACGGACUCGAUGUCCGGAACAGGUCCUACUAUACGUCAUGCAAGAAAUUCGGAAUAUACGGAGAGCCAAUCUCGACAAAGACGAGAGGUUCCGACUCGAGAAAGAAGAUACUCGUGAGGAACGCGAGCUGCGUGGCUACGUAGUAGCCUCAAUCACGCAAGCCGUCACCAGAAUGGUCCCCAGCUCAUCCAACACCACUUCCAGCAACGGCCAGCCACAUGUGCGCACAUCUUCAAGCGACGCCCAGAAAGUACCUGCCGAGCAACCGGCACUUGGCAGCGGCAAUGCUGCCUGGCUUGCAGCUCGGGACGAGAAUGGCCGACGCCACGGACCUCACAACGACCCCAGAGAUCCCUCGCAUCGGUGA